GGGACGUGCCGUCCUUGGGCUGUGGCCCACAGGGGACAGCCAUGGCUAGCUCAGCCCUGGGAGCCACCCUCGCUGUGCUGGCCUCGCUCAUUAUCACUGCCAACACGCUGGUGGCCAUCGCUCUCCUUCGCCUCAUCCAGAAGAGCAGCUCCAAGGGGCUCUAUUUUGUCCUUAAUCUCGCCGUUGCGGAUGCCAUGGUUGGCUUCACGGUCAUGGGUCUGGUCAUGGAUGAAUUUUCCCAGCCCUUUUAUCCUCCCCAGAUCUUCUGCGUUUUGAGAAUGGCUUUCGUGACCUCCUCUUCUGCUGCCUCUAUCCUAUCCCUGAUUAUGGUUGCGUGUGACCGGCACCUGGCAAUCAGGAAGCCUUUCCACUAUUUCCAGCUGGUGACAGGCUUGCGGGUCGGGGUGCGCUUGGUGGGGCUCUGGCUGGUUGCUGCCAUCAUCGGCUUCCUCCCAGUCCUCAGUCCGAGCCUUCAGAAGAUCUCCACCGAUGAGAAGUGCUCCUUCUUCGGGGUCUUCCACCCUGCCUACAUGCUCACCGUCUUCUGCGUCGGCUUCUUCCCAGCGCUCUUUCUCUUCAUUUAUCUCUACUGUGACAUGCUGAAAAUUGCCUCUGUGCAUGUGCAGCAUAUCCAGAAAGUGGAGCACGCAGGGCUGGCGGGGGGCUGCCCCCCAUCCCGCACCACCAGCGACAUGAAGGCCAUGCGCACUGUUGCCAUGCUCAUCGGGUGCUUCACACUGUCCUGGCUGCCGUUCUUCAUUGCCAGCAUCGUGCAAACUGUCUGUCUCGAGUGCUUCCCCUACAGAGUCAUUGAGAACUACCUCUGGCUGCUGGGACUGUGCAACUCCCUCCUGAACCCCCUGCUCUACUCCUACUGGCAGAAGGAUGUGCGGCUGCAGCUCUCCCAGCUGGCUGCAGGCAUGAAGAGGAGAGUCCUCCUCCACCUGGGGAACGGCCGCCGUUUCCCUGGUAGAGGCACCAAGUCUCUCCCCACUGUGUCCUGUCUGCGGCUCCAGGACUGACACGUUAAGGAGUGGCUGUCACCAGCUUUCCAGCUCAUCUCCUGCAUCUUGACCAGGAACCCGGGGCCCGCCAGCUGUGGAGGAGAUCACAGACGGGGUGGGACCAAUCUGGAUGCUAAUUCCCAGACAGCAGCAUGGCCAAAUUCCAGCCUGCCCACAGAGCCACAUCUCGGCCUGUUUUGCACCAGCCCCAGGCACCCCAAAUUGCAGGUGCGUGGCACACAUUAGAUUUUGCCUGGAGAGCCUCAGCAAGAGCAGCCUUGUGUUUCCUGGGACCAAGCCCUCAGCAUUCGCUCUGCAGGCUAAGAUCCUUCACCCAUCGCUGCCCAGAUUCCCCUGUCCAGACCUGGGAUCCACCUGCCCUCCCCUCUGCCUGCAGCACCAGCUCUCUGGGCAGCGAGCCCCAGGCACUCGGGGCAGGGCUGCUCACACAGCGGUGGCUCUGUCGCCUUUGGCUCUUGGCCCAGGCAGCAGAGGCUGGGAGGUGCGUGCUUGUCCUAAAUCUGUCCUGGACCGCAAGCGCUCCCAGUCGCUGCCCCUCCUAAACCGAACUCACAAUCCUACAGCUGCAGCCUAGGCAGUCCCCCAAACCUGUCCGCUGCUGCAAUCAAACCUGCAGCCAGAGAGGUGGCAGGGUCAUCCCUGCUCCAGGCUGUGCCCACCCGAGGAAGAGGUGAGGGGUAUGGGUCUGGGCUCCCGUCCGUGGCACUGGGGGCACAGAGAGGGCUCCCGCUGUUCCUCGGCAGCAGCUGUUAUCUGCAUGGGAGCUAGCAUGGUGAGCGAGGAGCAGCCCCAGGCGCUGCAUGCCUGGCAGAGGUGCAGAGCAGCAUGGGCUGUGCUGUUGCUGUUUGGCUUGGGCUGUAAAGUGAGUUAAUGAGUAACUGGCUGAACGCUGAGCUGUGGCAAGGGAGCGGGAGGAACGGCUGCCCUGGAGCCAGGGAAAACCCCAUACAGGUGGGCUGCUUCAUCCCACCAGGGCUAUAGGGCUGGAUUUGGGACUGCAAGGGUCCCUGUACGCUGACUCAUCCCAUGGGAGCACUGCUGCAUGCCCUGCCACACUGCAGUGGUGGCCAGACUGCUGACCCUGCCAGAGCCUAUGAUGAUAUUUAAUAGCUUCUCAUAAAAUCAUGUCCAUUAAACCAUUUCUUAGCUAAGAACGUACCCUGAUCUGAAAAUGAGGGUGCUAUGCAUAAAAUAGCAGUUGUUUCCACCUCUGUCAUUUGCUCUACCUGUUGACAUGAAGGCUCAAGGCCAUAUCCAGAACCCGCCUUGGUCCUGCGGCCUUCUCCAUCCUAGAGUAAGAGGCAAAAAUAAAAGUGCCUUUAAAGAAACUCAGACCACCAGGCCCUCUGUGGCAUUCACCUCCUCCUGGGAAAGGCCUGAGACCAAAUAUCAGAUGGUGGAUCCUGUUCCUAGCUGUACAACACGGCAUGAGCCUGAGAGAAGGCCUCUGUAGAGCAGUCCUGGCUCUGUGGGUGGACUGAUGCCUCGUAGGUGGAUCUAGUAGGUGGAUCCAGUCUGAUUCAGUUCUGGGGAUUAACACAUCAUCUGUCUGUACAAUGUGUUUGCUGUCUGUACGAUGUGUUUGAAGCCUGAGCUCCACCGGCUGUUGCUUUGCAAAGCUGACCCAUCCUCGCUGAGCCUCCAGUAAUGCCGAAGCCAUCCUCUGCCUCCCUCCAACGUGCUUCCUGCAGCGAGCGUCGUGGGUGGGUACCCAGUGUGAACGGAGACACUUUGCACGUGGGCUUGUGUUGCUGACUGCUGCCUCUGCUGCAGUUUUGCUGCCCACGGCCCUGCAGCAGGGCCAGCCAUCGGCAGUGUUUGUGCCUGGGCACAGAACCAGAUGAGACUGCAGAUCUGGAACAGCGUGAGCGACCGGAGCAGGAGCCCUUGCUGUGCAGGACUGUUGUGAUCACAGCGUCCCCAUCCACAGCAGGGAUCGUGGCUCAGGCAGCCUCCUUGGUGCCACAGAGACACAGGGCUGUGGCUCGGAUGGGAGAGGAGACACUUUUGCCAAGCUCUUGUGUGGGUGGAGGACACAGUACAGCUGGAGACCGAGCACUUCCCUGCAGUGGAGGACGCCUUGCUAGGCAUCUGCACUCCGGCGCUGACCUGCGUCUCCUCUCUCUCUAAGCCUUGUGCCGGAGGGGUUGCUCCGCAGGCUGGAGUAGCUGGGGCUCUAUUCCUGGCAGACACCUCCAGAUCCUGCUGGGACAGCACGGACCGGCAGCCGUUCCUCGUGAGGCCAUGCCUGCUUUCAUCUCUUGUCCCAGAGAGCAUCUGCCCCCCUGCUCCGCCGCUGCUGCCCCAGCCGCGCCGUGACCCCGCGGGCGCCCAGUGCCGCCCAUCGCCCAGCCGCUCUGGGGAGGCCGCCGGAGCGCGGCCGGACAGGGGUGGGUGCACCUGAGGCCGUGGGGUGAGGAGGGACGGUUAAAUCCUGCCCCAAGGGAAAAGAAACAAGAGGGAAAGGCGAAGAGCACUUCCCCUGCUUGCUGACCUUCAGCUGAAUAAACCGCAUUUCUGCCAGCCUGCUCUCUAUUCCUAGUAACCGGGGGAAGUCGGGGCUGCUUCUCCGGGGUGGGCGGCCAGCGGCCCGCUCUGCCUGCGGCCGGUGAAGCCGGGGAGCAGCAGCACCGUUGCCAGACCCCUCACCGGUCCGCACCAGCCCCUCUGCUUCGGGGCUCUCCGUCCCGCUGCUCGCUCCUCGUCCGCCCGGGGACGCGGGGGUGCAAAGCCGUGCCCGGGGCGAGGGGCAGGCGGGCCCCAGCUCGCCGGGAGACGACGGCGGGCGGGCGGGGCCGUUGGUGUCCCGAGAGCGCUGGGGGCUGCGGGGGUGGGAGAAACGGCGCUGCCGGGGACGCGGGGGAACGACCCGGAGCCGGGGGACGGCCGGUACCCGCCGCCCUGACACACCGC